AGAUGUAACUCCAGGGCCAUGAUUAUCUCAACACUUAUCAUGGACCAAGCUUUCUUGAAUGAAUAGUUAAAGCAGCUCAAACUUCCUAUUUUCUUAGGAAAAAAGGCUGAAGAGUUCUUAUUAUCCUACAUGAAAUUCUUCACUAUUUGUCCUGAAGAUUUGAAGGGAAGUCUCUGGCUGCUUUCUAGGAUACAAAGAUAAAAUCCCAGUUCUUUCUGAGAAAAAAUUUCAUUUUUUGUUCCAGCAUGCAGGACAGAAGUUGUGAGCAGCCUAUCCCUCUCUCUGUAAUUAUGAAAGAGCCUCAUCCUUUUGAGAAAAGCACUUAUGUUGGAAACUAUGAAAACAAUUCUGAGGAUUCAUCAUGUUAUGAACUCUUUUAUGAUUCCCUAUCAGAUAUACAAGAUGGGGACUUUUCACAUGAACUAUCUGCCUUUCUCAGUGAAGAUGAGAUAAACAAAAGCCUUGAACUUGCUCAUCAAUCCAUUAAUUCUGUUGAAGAAGAAGUUAAGCAAGAGUAUACUUACUUUAACACUUCUCCAAACUCACCAGAAAAUGCCUCUUUUGGGCAAGCCAAAGCACAUGACAGUUAUCCUUCCAAGAGAAAUUGCUCAAGGCCUUCAUCUCAAACUCCCAUAGAGCAGCAGGAUCAGAAUGCAUAUCCUCAAGGAAAAAAUGGUAUUUUAGAUGUUACUGGUAAACAAGCAAAUGCUUUUCCCCUACUGCCUGCAAGACCCAGCUUUAUCCGAACUCUCAAAAAUGCUGAAAGGUUUAGUUUAAAUGGUCAAAAGGUGAGCCCUAAAUCUAAAUCAGUUUUGACCAAUAAUGUCCCCUUCAAGAAUAAGCUAUGUGAUAAAGCUGCCACUUUGAUUGAAGAACUGUCUGCUAUUUUUCAUGAAGCAGCCAAGAUGAGAGUUGAGAGUCCAAAUAGAAACUCUUCGUCUCCAGAUAGUGGAUAUCUUUCUCCUAAGAGCAAGCAAUUAGCUUUGUUAAAUUCUUUAAAGAAUUCAGUACUUGAAACAAGUUUAGAAAUCACACCAAAAAAUGAGAUCCCAGAAGUCACUCAGGUUAAAGAAUGUGUGCGCCAAAGAAAAGAAGACUCUCGAAUUGGUGAGACUGUCUCUCAAAAUGAAGUUGCAAAAGAAAGUCUGAAUCAAUUAUCUCCCCCUCGAUUUAUCCAGAAACUCAGAAGUCAAGAAAUUCUUGAAGGAAGCAAGGUUCUACUUCAGUGCAGGGUGGCUGGAAACCCAGUACCUCAGAUCAGCUGGUUCUGUGAAGGUAAAGAACUACAAAAUUCUCCUGAUAUUCAGAUCUGUUCUGAAAGUGGAGGACUCCAGACACUCAUUAUAGCAGAAACUUUUGAAGACGACACAGGGCGCUACUAUUGCCUGGCCUCCAAUUCUCUUGGCUCUAGUUCUUCUUCAGCAGAAUUAUUUGUUGAAGGUGCCAGUUCCUCUGAUUCUGAUAGUGAACAUUUCAAAACAAAAUCUGGAGCCAUGCCCCAGGCUCAGAAGAAAAGUACUUCUGUUUCAUUGACAAUUGGAUUGACAGCUCCAAAGUCUGGAAUUACUACGGCAGUAAUCCAGCCUAUCUCUGUGCCUAAUCAGCAGGUUCAAAGUCCUACUUUACAUCUCUGCAAAUUAGAUGGAUCAAAGCCUAGUCAUGCUACACCUAUUUUUACAAAGGAACUUCAAAAUUCAACAGCAAAUGAAGGACAAGUAGUUGUACUUGAGUGUAGAGUAAGAGGAGCACCUCCCUUACAUGUUCUCUGGUUUCGUCAAGGGGUUGAAAUUCAUGAUUCUCCAGACUUCCGAAUUCUUCAGAAAAAACCACGUUCUACAGCAGAACCUGAGGAGAUAUGUACUUUGGUGAUUGCAGAGACUUUCCCCGAACAUGCAGGGAUCUUUGCAUGCACAGCAAGCACUGAUUAUGGAUCAGUCACAAGCACUGCCAAACUGACUGUGCUGUCAGGUAUUCAGCAGUUUUUGGCCAGUUGCGAAAGCUCCAGCCAUGAUUUGUCAAUGCGAGUACAGAAUAAGGAUAACUUUCAACAUUUCCCACCUCCAUCUUCACGUCUUGAGAUUAAUUCUGUGGAGCUUCCUCCAAAGCAUUCAGAGCACUCCAAGAUCAGUCAUCCCAGCUCAAAUGUAGCAGCUUUUGAAUUACAGUUUAACUCUGUGGAGAAGAAAACCAAUGGAAUUCAUCCUACCCAUGGAGUCAAUGGGAUCACUAAUGGCAAUACCAAAACUGACAAAUCCCACGUUGGUGAAUUGCUUUCACCUACAAAAACACCACCACCUGUGCUUGCUAAGCCAAAGCUGAUGAAUGAUAGAAGAAUUUCUACGGCUUCUGAAAAACAAAUAAAUGUGCAGCCCCUGCAGGAUCCUUUAAGAAUUCAGCAGUUACAGAACCAAAUCCGGCUGGAAAAAGAAGCAGACCAGUGGUGUCAUCAGAAGCAAGCUAGUUCCCUCCAGAAUCUUCCCUUGUCCCCAACUUUUCUCCCUCCAUCUUCAUUCCAAGAACUUGAGUCCAGCCACUGUCCUUCGCCUGUGCAAAUGAGUGUUCUCAAUUCUCAUUCUGCUCCUGCCAUGCAGACAUCCAGUUCUUUCAACUAUGCCCGUCCUAAACAAUUUAUUGCUGCACAAAAUAUUAGCCCUGCUUCAAGCUACGUAACACAGCCAUCUGGCUCUUCCACAUCUAGUCUUCCAUCCCCAAUGUCUCCAACUGCUUCUCAGAAGCAGUUUGGUAAAACAUCUGCCCCUCCUUUUUCUCAGACAUUUGCUCCUGAGGAAGAGUAUCCAUGGUCUCCUUCCCCACCUCCUCCCCCUCCCCCUGUUUUUAGUCCUUCAUCUACUUUUUCAGUGGCAGAUUCCUUUCCACUGCCACCACCUCCACCUCCUCUCCCAGCUUCUGUCCCCUCACCUUCCCACAGUUUUUCUCCAACAUCCAGAUUGUCCAGCUCUAGUCAGUCUCCAUCAGCCUUUCUCAGCUCCAUGCUACCAUCUCAGCCACCUUCAAUGUCAGUUAAUGCACUAGGACUUCCCAAAAGUGUUACACCAUCGGGAUUUCCAAAGAAAUCAGGCAGAACUGCCAGAAUUGCAUCUGAUGAAGAAAUUCAGGGCACAAAAGAUGCUGUUAUCCAGGACCUGGAAAGAAAACUUCGUUUCAAGGAAGAUCUCUUGAACAAUGGCCAACCAAAGUUAACAUAUGAGGAAAAGAUGGCUCGUCGAUUGCUAGGGGCUGACAAUGCUGCAACAGUCUUCAAUAUUCAAGAACCAGAAGAGGAACUUGCAGAGCAGGGAACUGGUUCUGUUGAUGCUUCUAUAGUGACUCAUGAGGCUGUGCAAAAGGAAUAUAAAGUCUCCAGUUUUGAGCAGAGACUGAUCAGUGAGAUUGAAUUUAGAUUGGAAAGAACUCCAGUAGAAGAGUCUGAUGAUGAAGUGGAGCAUGGGAAAGAUGUUCCUGAUAGCAGCCUGACCCCAUAUUUUGAGACAAAACUUAAACACUACAAAAUAUUUGAAGGAAUGCCGGUCACUUUUAUAUGCAGAGUGUCUGGAAAUCCAAACCUAAAGAUCUAUUGGUUCAAAGAUGGAAAGCAAAUUUCUAAAAGGAAUGAGCAUUAUUGGAUGCAAAGAGAACCUGAUGGGACCUGCUCUCUCCGUACUACUGCCUCCACCCUUGAUGAUGAUGGGAAUUAUACUGUCAUGGCUACCAAUCCACAGGGGAGAAUAAGCUGUACAGGACGAUUGAUGGUCCAAGCUGUCAAUCAGAGAGGACGCAGCCCCAGGACACCACCUAGCCAGCCUCAUAUCAGAAGACCACGGUCUCGAUCAAGGGAUAGUGGAGAUGAAAAUGAACCAAUCCAGGAACGCUUCUUCCGACCACAUUUCCUGCAGGCUCCAGGAGAUCUGAUAGUUCAAGAAGGAAAACUUUGUAGAAUGGAUUGCAAGGUCAGUGGCUUGCCAACUCCCGACAUCAACUGGCAACUUAAUGGAAGAGUAAUACGUUCUGAUAAUUCCCACAAAAUGCUUGUACGGGAAAAUGGUAUACACUCCUUAAUCAUAGAGCCAGUCACAGCAAGGGAUGCUGGCAUCUAUACAUGUAUUGCCACUAAUCGAGCUGGCCAGAACACUUUCAGCCUGGAACUGAUUGUGACAGCUAAGGAAGCACACAAGCCACCUGUAUUUAUAGAGAAACUACAAAAUACAGGAGUGGCUGAGAGGUUUCCUGUGCGACUGGAAUGCCGGGUUUCGGGUGUGCCUCCACCUCAGAUUUUCUGGAAGAAGGAAAAUGAAUCACUCAUAUACAACACUGACAGAGUGAGCAUGCACCAAGAUAAUCAUGGAUACAUCUGCCUGCUUAUUCAGGGAGCUACAAAAGAAGAUGCUGGUUGGUACACUGCAUCAGCAAAAAAUGAAGCUGGGAUUGUUUCCUGCACAGCAAGACUGGAUGUUUAUACUCAGUGGCAACAACAGUCCCAAACCACUAAACCAAAGAAGGUGCGUCCCUCAUCCAGUCGGUAUGCAGCACUUUCUGACCAAGGACUAGACAUCAAAGCUGCAUUUCAGCCAGAAGCAAACCCAGGACAUCUGACAUUGCAAUCUGUAUUGGUAGAAAGUGAUGAUCUUUAAGUAUUAGCUACCAGAUAUACCAUUUCCUUUCAAAUUGAAAACACUGAAUGCCAUUGUAUGGUUCAAUGAUAAUUUACACCACUGUACACAAGACAGACACCUCUGUGUGCAAAAGAAUCCAGCCACAUCUUUCUUGUUCAGUAUAACAAAUUAGGAGUUAGUAGAGAAAAAUGCAGUCUGCAUAUACAAAUCACCUUCACUAUAACCAUUUCUUAUUACAUUGUAGAUAAUACUGUUUUGAAUCAUCCUAUUCACAAGUGUUAAAUUGAGUGAAAUUUUGCAAAACUAAAUAUGCUGCACACAUAUCGCUAAGUGCCUUUGCAGUUUGUAGGUGCUAUUAAUUGUAAUGAAUAGAAGUGCACUGAAAAAAUAUAUUAGGAGUGCAUUAUAAUGAUAGUUCAGAUGAGCAAUGAAUGAAUAAAGCAAGAUGGAAAAGGGAAGAGAAAUAAGUGACGUUUUUGUGUUUAAAAUUGACUUUCUAGUCUCAAAGGAAAUAGGACGUGUUAGUUUUGCUUUAAUUGCAUUAGGGUAGGUAAAGUAACCUUAGAAGGCUUUUGACUUUUGCCUGUGGAUGUGAUGCUUAGAUUCAUGUUACUUUUAUAACAGUGAGAUAAGAGAAAAGGCAAAAGUGAGACCUUUCUCAAGAAAUGAUAUGUGAGCAAAACCUCGGUGCUUUUUAAAACAAUAUUGGAGAUCUGAUUGAGUAGAAUAUGUGAUAGAAAGGAAGAUAAGUAGGAGUAUAGAGGAAGUGGAAAAUGGGUUGAGUUUGCAAUAAAGGUUUAAAUAAUUUGCAUACCAUAGAGAAUAGAUAAGUAAAUGUUGGGGAAUACAAGGAAAUGUUGUUACAUUUUAAGCACUGCUUGCAUGUAUACUCGAGGUUAUAUUUUUGUGUUCUUGAUUACUGCAGUAUGAAUAGGAACCCUGCCUAUGGCUGAGAACUUGUGAAGAACUGAAAAUAGUUAACCAGCCAGAAACCUAGCUGGUUUUUUUCCAGUUAAUAGAUUUCACUUAGAUUAUAUUAAGCAAUUUUGAUUCAAAAUGAACUCAGCUGAGAGGGAGUAGAAGGCUAUUUCAGUUAGAUCUGCUGAAAAUAAUGUAGUCCGAUGGUACAAUAGUAUUCUGCUACAAAAGGAAAACACUGUAUUCCUUAUAUGAAGCAUGUUUAUAGUACUUUAUUUAUAAUUAAAAAUCUGAAUCUUUUUCUCAACUCAGUUAUUCAAAUACAUACUUUUUCGUAAAAAUAGAAAAAAAAGUUUUGUAAUAUGCAGUGCCAUUUAUUUUGCAUUAACUGCUAUUCCUGUAUUGCUUUUGCCCUUUGUUAUUAAGUACACUAUUCAGAUUUUUAGUAACUAAUAAAAAUUUCUAUCACAAAAGAUAAUUACUUUUCUAUGGAAGCUUGUGCAGAUGAUAACAAUUCAGCAAUAGGAAUUUGGCUUAUUUGUAUUGUCAUAUAUAACUAUCCUAAUACUCUGGAUCUAGGAAAUUGAAUCCUUGCCCAAUUGUCAAUGUGACUUUUUUAGCUUAAUUACUAUUUUUUUAGUUUAACUAGUGGCGAUUUGCUGCUUCUUUUUAUUUGUAUUUAUAAAUCUGUACAAGCAUACUAUUUUGGAUUGUUGAGCUAGUAUCAUAAGGGUUUGACAUCAAUAAAUAUUACACAAAUUUCAGAAAAAAAA